AUGAUAUUUUUCUUAAUUGUUCGAUAUUUUUACAAAUAUACCAAAUCCAGAGCAAUAUACAUUAAAGCCGAUAUCCUCAUAUAAAUUUAUUUAUUGAAUAAAAUGUAAUGGGCUGUUGAAUAGCCAAGACAGACUCUCUCAAAAGGACGAGCUAAUCUUAUAAAGGUGAGUGUUAAAAAGUGGCACGCCAAAAAAUGGUUGACAAGUGUAAAAAAAAGUUGAUUAGUAAACGCGCCAAUUUUUAAAAUAGCUUUAUUAUCAAUUUUUUUAUCCAUUUAGAGUGGGAUUGAUUAAUACUUACUUAAAUUUUUAAAUAAACAAUUUUAAUUAAUUAUUAUGAUCAAUUGCUCUAUAAAAGUAAAAGUUUUUAUUGCACGCUCAAUGUUCUUUAUAAUAUUCUUAAUGGCUCAUAUGAUGCUCUUUAGUAAAUUUAAAUGGACUUAAAAAUUAAAAAUUUAUCAAUCGAGCUGCUUUUUUGCGAAAGGAUAAAUUUAUAAAUAAAUAAGUAAUUCCUAUUUGAUUAUGAUCGAUUGCUCUAUUAGGGCAAAAGCUUGCAUUAACCGAUUAAUGCUCUCUUUAUAAAUUUCUUAAUGGCCCAUAAUAAUGCUUUAUAUUUAUCCAGUCUAAAAGGGUAUCUUAAAUUUAAAAAAUUUAAUAAAAAAGCUGUUUUAAAACCCGGCACGUUUAUUUGUCAAUGUUUUUCAUACUUAUCAAUCAUUUUCCGGCAUGCCACUUUUUAACGCUCGCCUUUAUAAGGUCCAAUUCAUCACUUUGAGAGAGUCUGUCUUUGCCAUUCAGAAAUCAAUUACAUUUUGUUUGAUAAAGAAAUCUAUAUAGGGUAUAGGCGAUAAAAUGGCGGCAAAUGCCAGCCUGCUCUCUUGACGCAACAGUUCAGACCUUAUGGCCGUGCGGGCGGGGACGAAAUUCAAGUCAAGAAUCAAGUUCAGGCUCAAGACAUGUGUAUCCCUGUAGAUUUUGGUUGCUUUCCUGUGAUUGGAAAUGGGGUGCUCAGCAACGUCCUUUGGAUCUGAGGACCAAAGGAGGUUCCUCUACCGAGAACCUGGGGUUUCAGUCCAGGCCACAGAAGCAGUAUUCUUUCUGUAACUUUUGAAGAAAGGCACAUCAACGCCCAAUAGACUCAAAGAAACAUUGGAAUCAAGCUACUCCAGUCGCCCUUAGCAGGGCUGCAGAAAUCUAUAAGCACUCAAGACUGAAGCCGCAAGGAUGAGACAGAAGGUGCCGGAAGUGGCAUCCUCCUUCGGGGGAAAAAUCUUCGUGGCUGAAGUCAUAUAGAGGUUGAACCUCCUAUAAGGGAGGUCUUUGGGUGACUGCGUCACCAAUAUGGUUAACAUCUGACUUUUAUAAUCUAGCCUAACCUAACUUAAUUGUUCCAGCUUUAGCAUAUGAGUGCUCCUUUUCUUUAUCAAACGGCUACAGUGUAGACCUAUCUCCUAUGAUCAAUACUUCUCCUCCAGACUAUCUAAUCAUAGACGAUUAUGGCAAUACCUACCAAGCCAAUAUAUGCUCCGAGCUGAAUUCUAACUGUGCAGGGGACAUCACAGGAAUUGCUUCUGUUACAAACUCUCAAUCUCCUUGCAAAAUAUUAGGUCGCCAGUCUCCUUUAGGCCAGUUAUCAGGCCCUAGAGUUGAUUUUCUUGACAAAUUGAAUCCUAUGAAUGGGGUGAGUCUAACUUAUUAUGGAGGAGACCUAUGUACAAUGAUUGGCUUCGUUGACACUCAAGUAGAAUACAGGAUAAAAUGCAACCCUUAUGGAGGCCCUGAUGUCCUCACUCGGGCUUAUGCUCUAUCAUCUUGCUCCUAUAUUUUUGAAUUUUCAAGUAAAUCUGCUUGCCCAAUUCCUCCAGCUCCAGUAGACCCAAACUCUCAGCCAAAAUCUAGAAUAAAGUCUUUCCUUGCUUUACUAUUUGUAGGAUUUUUAUUUUAUUUAGCUAUUGGAACUAUUUAUAAUAAACUGAAAAAUGAAGAAAGCUGGAUUGAUAGCAUACCUCAUAAAGAAUUUUGGUUUAAUUUGCCUGGAAUGAUAAGAGAUGGGAUUGGUUUCACAAUUUGCAGGGCUAAAGAACUUAUUAGAAGCGGAAAUUUAAACUUUUCUAGGGGUUUAUGAACUAAUUUAUAAUUUAUUUAUAUUUAUUUUAAUUAAAAAUAGUUUUGGUUUAUUGGUUAAAUUUACAUAAAAGAAGAAAAAAGCAUAAAAUAUUUAGGAAAUGGGCACAUUCCUGUCUAA